AUGCCCAGGGCGUUAAUGAUCUUUGGCAGCAAUGCCCGGGGCCUCCUGAUCAGCACCGUGGUGAAGGUGGUUGGGUCCUAUGGCCUGACCAGCAACGUGAUGCUGGCGCUCAUCAACGACGUCACCGCCGCGGAGGAUCGAGAAGAGGCGGUGGGAGCCUAUUUUGCCGCCAACAACUUCAUGAGCUUGGCGAUGACCGGCAUCCCUGUGAUGUUAGUGCUGGUGCUGAAGGUGGUUGAUAACAAUCCCGUCUUCUUCCUCAUCCUUCAG